ACUUAGGCUUUGAAAACUCGCUUCAUUUCAAAAACAUCUACUUAUAUUUAAAUAAAUCUUUAAUAGUUAGUCAAGACCUAUUCAUGAAUCUUUAAACAACGCGAUCAAACCUACAACGUUUUUCGCUCCAUCACAAUCAGCCAAUCAAAUCGCUGAUAACACUAUCAUGUGACAAGUUGAUAUUGACUGGCGUAUAACGCGGCAAACAGACGCAAUAAACUUGUUGUGAAGACGUGAUAAAGUGGCGCAACAUUAACUCUUUUCUGGAAAACUGAAACGAGGCUUUUCAUUGGUCACCAAUCGUUACCAAGGCAACGAGGGAGAGCGCGGCUUUCCGUUUGGUCAGGAAAUCAAARAACACGAUCCCUCGUUGUCUUUAUUUAUUCAAUUAUUAGGUUUUCUACCAAGAAAACAAAAAAUCGUCAAAGAAAGACCCCGACUAAUGGAAAAUAGAAACGGUUUUCUAGCCAAGUUAUUGAAUGGAGCUAUAGCUGGUGUCGUUGGGGUUUCUUGUACUUUUCCUCUUGAUCUCUGUAAAACAAGACUACAGAACCAACUUAAUGGAGGACCAAAACUCUACAAGAAUGUUCAUGAUGUCCUGUUUCAAGUGGCUAGGUCGGAAGGACUAAGAGGACUYUACAAAGGCAUGGGAGUGAACGUUGUUCUAAUUAACCCAGAAAAGGCCAUCAAGCUUGCCGUUAAUGAUCAACUAAGACAAAUGUUUGGAGGAAAAUUACACAUUUUACCAUUACAUCUAGAGAUGAUCGCUGGUGGGACAGCAGGUCUUUGUCAGGUUAUAAUCACCACCCCAAUGGAAAUGUUAAAGAUUCAACUUCAGAUGGCAGGAAAACAAGUUGGGAGUCAAACAGUUAGUAAUACUAUCAACAGCGGUGCUUCAGCAGCAGCRUCUGUGCAUGUUAGAUCUUUCGGUACGGCAUCAGUAACAGCACCUACAUCAGCACUACGGAUAACUAAGGAUCUACUGCAGACAAAAGGAAUCAGUGGUAUUUAUAGAGGAUUAGGAGCAACACUAGCAAGAGACAUUCCAUUCUCAUGCAUCUACUUCCCAAUCUUUGCUUACCUAAACCUAAAAGGCAUACAAGCUGAAGGGGGUAGACCUCCAUUGUUCUAUUCACUGGGAGCUGGCUGUUUAGCAGGUCUAACAGCAUGCUUAGCUGUCAAUCCCAUGGACGUCAUCAAGACUAGACUCCAGUUAUUAAACAGACCUCAAGGACAGCCACCCUAUAAUGGUAUUAUAGACUGUGYCCGCAAGAUCUACAAAAAUGAAGGAGUCUUAGCAUUUUACAAGGGUGCUGUGCCGAGGAUGAUAGUAAUAGCUCCACUAUUUGGUAUAGCACAGACUGUAUAUUUUGUAGGAGUUGCUGAAUGGAUCAUGGGUUGGGACAAAGAGACAAGAUAAAUCAGACAUUUUGAAAUUGAGAUUUAGAAUUCUAUAAUUAUUAUUUGCUAGAAAAAUAUUUAUCAAAUCAAAUUUUGAACCUAGAUUAUUUAUAUUUGCCUAUGUAUUUAUAUCAGUAAAUUUUGAAAAUUCUUGAAGCUAUAGUUUUUUGAUUUAAGAUGACAAUAAUAUUAGAAAUGGGCAGCUCCAGAAAAUAUCUAUACCCUUGACCACGGAGGAAAUACUUAAAAGGACCCUCUACCCCCAGGAACGUUUAAUUUUCUUCCAUACAAACUCUGUAAUUUUGUUCUUUCUCCRAUCCCCCUCCCCUCCAGAAUUUCCAAUUCCCCUUGUGGGGGUGGGGUAUGGACAUUUUCUGUAACUACACAUAAUUUAAAAUGUUGAUAAUAGAUCAUUAUUAGGUUUUUUAAUCUAAAACUGCACAAUUGUUACAAUGCAGUAUAAUAUUUUAGGAAGUUGCAAUAGAAAACAGUUAGUUUUUAAUGAAUUGUCGCAAGAAAUUUUAACACUGUAUUGAAAAAAAAUCAAGAUUCAGACACUUUCAAGGGUUUCCUGGAAAUGUUAGACUGCAAGACUUAGGAAGUUUUGCAAAAAGCAUUUGUUUGUUAAAGGUUUAAGAAAUGAAGAUUUUAAAAUGAUUAUUUUGAACAUUUGUACAUAGAAGAUGAAAUUUUGAAAGGGGAAUUAAUAAAGGUUGAAUUUUAAUAUAUAUUUUAUUUGCUUACUUAAAAAGUUACAGUGUUAAAAUAAUUGCAUGGUAUGACCAAGACAUGUUGUCUGCAGGGAUGAUAAUGAUGAUGGAUGAUUCCUGGGAAAUAUGAACUGAUUUAUGGGAUUUUUAUAUGGAUCAUAUUAAUUUAUUGUUAAUGGACACAUUUUGAAUACUAAUAUUUAUUUUAGAAUUGAAGUAAGGUUUCAAAUGUAAUGUUGGCUAUUACUGGCAAUUAUUUCAAUUUGUUAACUUCUGAAGUUGAAAAUAAACCAUGAUAAUAGAUACA